AUGAAAUACACAAAAAAAACCACCUUUGUAAUUUCCUUAUUGAUUUUAAGCACUUUGCAUGCAACCAUUAACGCGGCGUCUAUAGUCAAUGAUGUAAUAAGACGACAAGCAGGAACUUUGGAUUCAGGAAAUACACCAACACAGGCUGGGGCUACAACUGUUGAGAAUUCCAUUUCCGCACCAAACACCCCCGUGCAAACUAGGCAAGUAUUAACUCUAAUUGCAGAAAGCGCACUCCCAUACCAAGGCAACCCGACCGAUUCAGGAACUCCCGCGCAAACUAGGCAAGUAUCAACUACAAUUGUAGAAAACAUGUCUGUUUUAAUAACUCAAAUGAUAAUUACAUUUGUAACUAGCCCGAACGCAUUAGAAACUUCUACAGCAAAUCCGAUCGAUUCAGGUGCUCCCACACCGAGGCAAGCACUUCCAUACCAAGGCAAUCCGACCGAUUUAGCUCGACCGAUUCAGAUCGAAUUAACAGAGUCAGAGACGACUAGAAGAACGUCCACAUCGACGUCAACAUCAAGUACCGAAUCCAUCACAACCUCUACUGUUAUUAUUUCCCCUCCUCCACCUCCAUCUCAAACAACCACAACUGAAAACGUUUGUAGCGACACUGAUUGCCAAAUGGAUACUUCAACGGGUAUGACAGGACAAAUAAUAACCACUACCAUAAUGCCCAGUCAAACCGAUGGUGAUACUGCCCCAAUGACAACGAUAACACCGACUAUCACCGACUCCAAAAUUCAUCCUACCACUACUAAAUAUGUCACUACCACAUAUCAAUCCACUAUUACAGUAAUCUUCCCGGGUUAUACAACUACCAUAUAUACAACUUCUGAUGGAAUUGCGACAUCAUCCAAAAAAUAUGUUCCACCAAGUACUGUGUUGAAAAUUGUUUAUGUAACAGCUAUCGCGGCCAAUAUUGAAGCUCAAAAUGUAGCUUCAGGAGGAAGCGAUAAACUUAAUUGUAGAAAAGAAAUGUUUGUCGGUGUGAUAGUGAGCUUAUUAAUUAUUGGAAUAUCUUUUAGUUGUAGUAUCGUAGUAUAG